AUGCAGCAGUUGCAAAGUCUUUUUAGUCAUUAACGAAAUGGAUUUGGGCGAGCGCACACGAUGCAUUUCCAUUACUUGGGCAUUAUUCAUCAUAGUCUGUCAAACGAUGUGCGAGUCCCGCUAUAUAAGUGGGAGUCCGAGCCAGAACUUUGCACUGAAUAUGCCCACGCUAAAUGCUGCCUACUACAGUCACACAAUACUCUUUCUGACCGGUCUAUGCACACUGUCCUUAACGCUGCUCGGCUGUCUGGGAUGCCUUUGCUGCAGCUGUUGCCGCAGAUCGCGUCGGAAAGCUGCGAGCCUGGACGCCUAUGCUCCGCGCACGCAGAGUAUUGUGUGGCCAGCAUUGCCCGCCGAAACGGCCCGUGUCGUCGAGGUGACCUUUCUGCAUACGCCCGGUGCCUUGGAUUGCCUGUGCCGUGGCUGCUGCCAGACAAGGAAUGUGCUCUGCCUGGAGGAUUGUCUGAAUGCAACGGAAUGCAAGUUGAAAAACUUGGUCAGCUGCCUGAAAGUUAAAUUUAUUUUAAUUGUUGCAGAAGAUUAUUGGCUAACGGAGUCACAAUCAGUGGAGGAGGACGAUAAUGCAACAACUAUUUCGAGUGGCUAUAGAAUUAUUAGCGACAAUAACGAUAAAAAUAGCAUUUAUAUUCCUGUCGAUCCAUUGAUGAGGGUGGCCUUUGUGGCCCUGCUGCUGCACGUACUCAUCGUUGGUGGAGGCAUUAUCAUCUACAGCGUUGUCUACUGCAAGUCACGUACUGAUAAAAAGCGACUGAUGGAGAUGAAACGUCGUCUGCAAAGUCCACCAACACUGCAGCAUUUGCCCAACAGCCAGAAUUGUCCUUGUCAUGGCUGUCGUGUAGCCAGACAAAUUCUAAGCGGGCUGAUCGUACAGCAGAUUAUAACAGAGCGUUCAGAGUGUUAGCGACAACGAUAAGCUUUUAGCGCUGGUCACACUCUUGUAGUUUUAGGCAUGCAAGCAUGGAACACCUUGUAGUAGGUAUGUGCAUCAAUGCAUAUGAGCGAUUAAAUGUGAAAAUCUAUCAAUUGUAAACGGUGUGCAUGAUUACAGUCAAACAGUGUGAAAUAUACUCUAACAAAUUCGAUUGCUACUUUACCUUGACAUAAAGAUCGCUUUAAUAAAUACCAAAAGGCCGCAACAUA